CGCUGCGAGCGAGCGCUCAGUCGGCCCUGGGAGCUGCACAGCACGCGGCUCGUCGACCUGAAGGACGUGCAGGGGCUGGGCGGACGCGCGGACGGACUCUGAAUAGACAGACGUUUCGCGGCCGUAGGGCUCCUCGGCAGGAUCGCACCCAGAAGCGGGCAGCAGACCGUGCCUGGUGGAAUCUCGCUGCCCUCCGCCGCCUGGGCUCCUGUGCAGGCGUCUACCGGCCGCCGCAUCCAAAGUGAUCGCUGCCUCGCCGUCUUCACCAGGUUCGGGACCAUGAAGCUGCUGCCGUCGGUGAUGCUAAAGCUCUUUCUGGCCGCAGUGUUGUCCGCUUUGGUGACCGGUGAGAGUCUGGAGCGGCUUCGCAGAGGUCUGGAGGCAGCAACCAGCAACCCUGACUCUCCCACUGGAUCCACAAACCAGUUGCUACCCACCGGAGACGGUCGUGCUCAGGAAGUCGAGGCAGACCUUUUCAGAGUUGCUUUCUCUUCCAAGCCACAAGCCCUAGCCACGCCAAGCAAAGAAAAGAAUGGGAAAAAAAAGAAGAAAGGCAAGGGAUUGGGAAAGAAGAGAGACCCAUGUCUUAGAAAAUAUAAGGACUUCUGCAUCCACGGGGAAUGUAAAUACCUGAAGGAUCUCCGGGCUCCAUCAUGCAACUGCCACCCAGGUUACCAUGGAGAGAGGUGUCAUGGGCUGACCCUACCGGUGGAGAAUCGCUUAUAUACAUAUGACCACACUACAAUCUUGGCUGUGGUGGCUGUGGUGUUGUCAUCUGUCUGUCUGCUUGUCAUAGUGGGACUUCUCAUGUUUAGGUACCACAGGCGAGGAGGUUAUGAUGUGGAAAAUGAAGAGAAAGUAAAGUUGGGCAUGACUAACUCUCACUGAGAAGGACCUGUGCUCCAGGAGCCUUCAGGGGAUGGCUAUCUCUGAGACACUGGUUCAUACAAGUUCUACAGAGGGGAAAGAGUUCACAAGCAGCCACGAAGACUUCUUCAUUUCCAGUUGCUACCCUGACUGGGCCUCCUGUAAUUACUCUGCAAAAGUAUCAGAGCCUCUAAGUGCCAAACAGACUGUGCCCACUGGGACCCAAAUCAGAACACAGUGGAAGCAGGAGAGCCCUCCAGGCCUUUCUGAUUCACCUCCACCAAACCCACUGGUUUGUUUAAACACUUAGCUUCUGGAUUAAAGUGUCAGCUAGAUUCCAAAUGCACCAGGAUUGACUGAAAAAAAGGAGAGGAAGGAGGAAUGAUUUAUGGACUGGAAGAAAGCAACAGAGUUGAGAAGCCAUGUGUUCAAGUAGCUACAAGGGGUCUGCCGUUUGGACCCUCCAGCACGAUGGAUGUGAUGAGCUAACUGUGAAAUACCACAAGCCCAAGAACUCUGAAUUUUGGGACUUCUACCCAGACGGGAAAAAUAACAACUAUUUUUUGUUGUUGUUGUUGUUGUUAUUUGUUUGUAAAAUGCCUCUUAAAUUAUAUAUUUAUUUUAUUCUAUGUAUGUUAAUUUAUUUAGUUUUUAACAAUCUAACAAUAAUAUUUCAAGUGCCUAGACUGUUACUUUGGCAAUGUCCUGGCCCACCUCUUUGCAGCUCUACCAUCUAGCUCAUUGCCACACUCCCAUGUGCUCUGUAACCCAUCUGUAGUAAUUUAUUGUCUGUCUACAUUUCAGAAGAUAUCCCAGGAGCAGAGUAUCCAGGGGGAGUUGUGUAUGGCCAGAGUGCAGGGAAUGAUUUGGGCAGAGCCACUCUGUGAGUUGGACUGCAAUCUUGCCUAGGUGAUUUUUGUCUACUGUUUGUGUUUUGAAAGCCCAAGGUGCUGAUGUCAAUGUGUAGUAGAUAUUGGUGUUUAUCUGUGUCCUCUCCCUGCCAAAUCUCAGAUGUUGGGCAUCCAUGCCUGCAGUUUCCUGGCCCCUUUUCCUCCAUCACCCUUUCCCACUCUCCCUUGUGUCAAGACAUUUCCCUUACUCCUGCCAUUUUUCUGGUGCUACUCCAUGCAGAGGUUGGUAGAGCCGAGGACAGUUUGGAGAAGGACUUAGUAAAGGAAAAGACUGAGGAGGAGCAGGGAAUGUUGGAGUUGACUACUCUCAGUAAUUGAGAGUAGUCCUGUUAGGGAAGGUUUUGGGUAGGAAAACUAUACAGUAUCACCAAAACUGUAAUGCUAUUAUGGUCCCCAUGGAAGUUUCUGGUGCCAUUUAUGAACUGUUACAACCUAUAUUUCCAAAACCUGGUUCAUAUUUAUACUUUGUGAUCCAAAUAAAGAUAACCCUUACUCCA